AUGUGGCGUUUGUUAUUUCUGCGACCCAGGUUGUUAUUAUUUCAUGCGCAGACCCGAAAUGUGGUGGUUUCGAGCCCCCCAGUUUCGUCUGUUCCUGACGCAUCUCCGGCAGCCGCGGAGGCAGUGGUUUGCGCGUGUCCUUGUUCCCACGCGACAAAUAGCGGAGGGUUGAAACUAUCAUUGGCGGCUGUGAUGUCGGAUAUUAAGUCACUACGAAAGAAAUGGACAAGGGAUUUUAGGUUGUGUAUUUCUAGUGAACCAGCAGUUGUCAUUGAAUCAUCAGCUGUUGGGGAGACCGCUUGGGCACCGUUAGUUGUUUUGGAUGCGACCUCCAUGUCUGAUGGGCUAGUGAAGGCUGUUGAUGCCAGCUUAGUUUCACACACUGAAAAGCAAAGUAGCGCGACGGUACUUGAUCUGCGUGAGCGCGGGGAGGAUAUUUCUACUGCCAAACGGAUGCUGGAGGAGCAGUUCCCCUCUUUGCGACUGAACAUUGACCACUCCAAAGGAACAGAUCUUCAGGGAGUUGCUACCCAUACAGUAACCGUGUCUCUAAAUGCCCGUGACUCAGUUGAUAAACUUUCCUCCGAAGAAAAGGCGGUCAAAAAUGCUUUCUUCGGUGAAUCCAUUGGUGUUAGUUACUCGAGUACAGCGCGCCGAGCUAUUUUCGAAGGAUUCAAGUCAGCGGGCUUACCUCAACCCCCUCGGUACGCAGAGCGUAAUCACAACAUUAGUGAGUUAAGUGUUUACAUGGAUAUUAUCCGCAACGCCACGUGUGAAGAGGUGAACAUUGUUCCUACCAACAUAGGGGAUGGCCAGGUGCGCGUGAGCGUGCAGACACUUAGUGGCCGCCAGAUAAGCGCGCUGACGGGUAAACACGAAAACGCUUUACCGAUAGCCCUUUCGUGCGUGGAGAAGGCGGCAGAUAUCGUGAGUGCUGUGGCGACAGAGGGAGCAAGGAAGCGUAUCGCGGACCACCCUGUUAUUCUUGCUUUACCACCGAAAGGUAUCAGACCUAAGGAAAUCCUUCGACGACUACUUCACCAUAGUUUCGGCAUUGAGGAGGAUCGGGUACUUUUCGUGACGCUGAGGAGCACUGGUGGGACUUUUGUCACUAAUGUUGACGUGGAGUUGGGUUGGUGUAAGCCCUCGCCUGCGGGUGCUGCAACAGAUGAACUGGAGACUAAAGCCACACCACCCGCUGUUGUUGUUACUGUCGCUAAGGCUGCAGGAGUUAACAAAAAAGCGGCUGAAGCGCUUGCCAGUAUGUCAGCAAUUCGGGAGUGCUUCCCGCGCGUCUUUGAAGAACAACUUGCCUUUCAUCCAGAAGUAAGGGAAAUCAUGAGCACCACGAAGGCAACUGUGAAUGACUCAAUUUGCCCUCAUGUAUCAAAGGGGAUUGUUGAACAACUGAGGUGGGCCGCACGUCGCCAGAAGAAGGAAAUAGUUCUGGAAGGAGUGCAGCUGCUUCCAAACUCAGAGAAUGAGUCACUUGGGAUCCGGACGACAAGACCAUUGUGGGCCACACAGCUUUUUAUGGUUGAUGAAGAGGGGUGUCGGGAGUUUAUUUGCUUGGCACUCGAUCAGAAGAAAUCUGCGAGCGAGCAAAAGGCUAUUGCGAUUGCGUUAUUUAAGCACUUCAAAGAGGAAUGCCAAGACGGUGUACAAUACGCAAUGGAUCACGGGCUCAUCGACAAAAACGGUGAUGUCCCUGGGUGUGAGGGAAUUUAUUCAUCUGCCACUCCGUUGCCUAAAAGCGCUUUUGAGAUGGCUGCAGAGUCGGAUCCCUUUAUCCAGAAGUUGCAACUGCUACCAUCACAACCCAUACUUGUGCCUCCACGGCAGUCGAUGCUCAGUGUGUUCCGCCGUGGGAUUCAAUUGUAUGUUGACAUGCUGGGUGAAAAGUGUGCGAGUGACCGUGGUAGCGGGUCACUCAGUCUGGUGGAAAAUGUUGAGCAGGUUGCGGAUAAUGGGCAUUUCAGGGCUCAGUUGUACACCAAGUGGAUUGGCGACGACACCAGCAAACUUCGUGAAACUCCGCAUGAGAUGAGUCCUUUAGGGGAAGCCGCCUAUUCGGCCACGGCGGUGUCAGCACUCUUCACCGCUAUGAAAUCUUUGUUUGAAGAAGGAGGACCCAUUGUAUGUGCCUCCAGUGACGAUGCGCAAAUCAAUGAAAUCUGCUUGGAAACUUGGAGGCGGGUAGCGGCUCUUCCAUCGCUUCCGCCUCAACUUCCCACACCAACCCCACUCGAAACAAUUGCUGAAUGUGUGAUGACCAAAUAUGGUCUCUCAACAGAGUUGCGUAUUUCUGGCGUCGGGAAGGCGAUAAAUGUGCAACUGUAUGGUCGUUGUCCAACCUCUUUAAGUAACAGCAAUAUCAAGGAGGCGCCUCAGUUCUUUCUGGGACAUGGGCGUGGCAGUUCCUUACUCAAAGCAGCGGUAUCAUGUUGUCAACGUGUUUUUGUUGAGCAUAUGCAAUCCGACAGCCAUCCUCUUGGCGUGAUGGGGGCGGAGCCUCAAAUUUCUGGUUCCGUGGGAGUGCGUGCGCAUGGCAGUGGAUCCCUUCUCGCAUCGAGAAUAGAGGAUGUCAAAAAGGAAUUGGUUGACAAUAAAACAGUUGCAGCUGAUGCUUCUGUUCUUGUAAAGGUAGAUGUUUGCUUCUCUCAAUCGGAAAGAAAAUACGAGGCAUCGUUGUAUGUGGUGGAUGGGGCGCGCACCGUGGAGCUGGAGAGGAUUUCCCCUGAUGCGGAUCUCAUGAUGUCUUUACUGAGGUUAACAGAGAGCAUCAAUAAGGAGAUGGGGCUUCCCUCCAUUGAUAAAAACACAAUAAUGAAGAAAUGUGACGACUCUAGACAACUUAUCGCAUUGAAGAACCUUGUCGGAUUUGUAUACGGGUUUCCCGUAAUUGUUGAGACUUCAAUGAAGGAUAGUUUAUGGUACUGUCACAUUAGUGUACUCCUCUCGGACAACAUACAUUACGGUAUUGGCUACGCUGUCAGCAAACGCAAGAAAGAUGCGGUGGAGGAAGCUGCUGCGGGGGCGAUACACCGCUGCUUUGGGACCGUUACGAACCCACUAAAGAAGGGUGAGUCUCAUGCAGAGGUGUCAUCGUCUAAUCCGUACUGUGGUUUCGUUUACGAAGGAAAGGGUAAUGAAUAA